UCGCAAAGUGCCAUUUGACAAGCAGCAGAUGGCUUAUAGCAACCCUGAAGCCCAGCAAAAACAAUAAAUCUUAACUCAAGAAUUGCACAAUAUGUUCGCGCGUCCACGUCCCAAGAAACUCCUCGCCCCGCCACCCAAGAAGCGUAAGAGACAGCACACCCUUGAGGAGAUCAAAUUCGACAACGACGCGCGCGCCGAGUACUUGACAGGGUUCCAUAAGCGCAAGCUACAGCGGGCCAAACACGCCCAGGAACAAGCCGCAGAACGGGCACGACAGGAGAAAAUCGAGGCUAGGAAACAGAUUCGCGAGGACCGGAAGCGACAAGUAGAAGAGCAUGUCCAAAGUGUCAACGAGGCCCUGAAACAAGCGGCGCAGGCAGGCUACAUAGAUAGCGAAGGGGGCGAAUCCUCUGACGAGGACUCGGCCGAGGAAUGGGGCGGGUUCGAGGACACGUCUGGACAACAAGCUACGAUAGACCACGAAGAACAGUACGUCGACGAGGAUCGGUACACAACGGUCACGGUUGAGUCUGUCAACGUAUCCAGGGAUGGCUUGACCAGUUCACGGCCUGACGAGGAAGACUCUGCGGAUGAAAACGAAGAUGGUGAAAAGGAGUUAGAUAAGAAGACUGCGGUCCAGCCGGAGAAAACUGGUAACAGGGAUAAGCAUGAGCCUAAGAAGAAGAAGCAGAAGUUUAGGUAUGAGACCAAGCUGGAAAGGCAAAUUACGAAUAUCAAGCAAAAAGCCAAGAAUAAAAGGCGGCCAAGGGGCUGAACAUUUCAUCCAUCCCGCUACACAGCUAUCCCUCUAAGCCGCCCAGUAUAGCAGGUCUUAGGCAAACGAAACCUCCUAUCUCCACACAUCUUAUCAUCGACAUACUUCUUCCCACUCCUUCUUGUCUCCUUCUACCCCCUGAAUUUUUCAGCGGUUUGGGCUUUAAGUCGGUAUAUCGGAAAGGGCUUAGAUGUUGCCGAUCUCUACCUGAAGCUCCUCCAACUCCUUCUGGAGGGUUGUGUGCUUCUUGUGCAUCUCCUCGUACUUCUGCUCCCACUGGUCUCGCUCGUUCUCGAGGGCUUGUACCUUGCGUUCAAAGUGACCGGCUUUUACGUCAGUUUGGCGGAGCCUGUGAGCAGUGGU